AUCACACCAGUGCACAUUAAAGGCUGCUAUUUAUGAAGUAUAUGAAUGCAAUGAUAUAAUAUAUAAACAUUUUGAUGAUGAAAAAAUAAUGUAUGUUCCGUUAAAUAAAAUGACAAUUUAUCAUGAUUGGAUUUUAAUUACUUAAAAUGUUUAUAUUAUUCUUUUUUAUUAGAUAACUUCACAUGUAUAGUAGUCUUUAAUAUGCACCAGUGCGGCGCAGUGCAAAUGACUGAAUUCGCUAUAAGAGAACCUAAAAAAAAAGUAAAUACGCCAUAUUGUUGACACCCAUCAGAACCAAUCGUAUCUCGUUCAACAUGUCAAAAAACCAUGUUAACAUGGCGUAACAAAUCAAUUUCGCCAUCGUCCUUAUCCUCGAAGUGUCUCCCCCUCGCCAUCAUAAUUCAGCGGAUAUUUCACACCCGAUUCGAUUAUUCCUUAAUCCGUGGGAUAACACAGACUAAACUCUCGAUUCGUACUACGUAAUCCGCGCAGGAAAAAAAAAAACAGAAAAAAAAGAAAAGAAAACAUCUCCAUUGACAUUUCUUUCUUUUGACACAAGAAUGAUAUACGAGUGAUAUGGCGUAAGAAAGGCUCUUUACAUCACGCGCCAAUGUUAUCAAAGCUCGUUAGCAAUCAUGUACGGUGCGGAUAAAGCGUGUCUGUGCUAUGCGCGUCGCCACCUUUCGCCAGCGCUGAUGUCACGAGAGCGCAAGGAACACGCGAGGCGAGGAUUAUGAGCAUCGACGACCGUCCUCGACGACUUUCGUUGCUUCUCUCGCCGAGAAUGACUUAGGCAAGCUCGUCGAAAGCGGAUAACUCAUCCCCGGUAUACGCGAUGCGGAACUUACAUUGGGCAUGCUGGCUGUUUUGGGUGGGUCUACCAAUGCUCGCAGCCUACCCCGUACCCACGUCACUCGUCACAGGUUCACCGCACACUCAUGGUUCUUGGCAAUGGGAACAUUACUGGAUGCGUUACGCGAUUGCUUUAUCAAGUGUCACUGCCACAGCAUUAACUUUAGCCGGUUGCCUCUGUUGCCAGAGGCACAGAAGACCAAAGGGAUUUAAGGGCAAAGCAGAGAAAUACAAUCAGGAAUUCAAGGAUGGGAGCAGUAUAGAACAGGAAAGCACAUUUGGUCGAUCUGAAGGAUUGGAAUUGGAUGCUUCCAGGACGUUAGCUGCUUCUGAGAGAGUCCAGUUUGAACCUUUACCAGUGGACUCUAUCGUAUCUGGAACAAAAAAUACUCCAAAAACUAAAGCAAUACCUCUAUUAGCACCACGUAACGAAGAUCAAGAUACAGAUCGUUCUAUCCUACAGGAGCCAUAUAGCGAAUGGUUUAGCUCCAAUGAACUUUAUGUACCAAGAGAAAAACUCAAGUAUCUUAGAGAAAUAGGUCAUGGAUGGUUCGGCAAGGUUGUAGAAGGUCGGGCAGAUUUGGAACAGUCGAAAGGUAUAUCGAAAUCAGGCGGUGUGGUCGUGAGAAUUCUCACCGAAGAGGCUACCACUAGAGAAAAAGCCUGGUUUCUCGGCGAGGCCACGCCGUACUUGAAACUACGCCAUCAGAAUGUUUUAGCUCUACUCGGUUUCUGCUUGGAAACUGAUCCGUAUCUUUUAUUAUUUGAGUCGUGUCCGGCCGGCGAUUUGAAAGGUUUCUUGUUAUCGAAUCGCGAUACCACGUCGAUGGAUGCGCUUACCAAGGAAAAUGUUCCGAUACGAAUCGCUAUAGAAAUCGCGGCUGGUUUGAAACACAUGCACAAUCAUGGCUUUGCGCAUACGGAUCUCUCUGCGAGGAACUGUUUGAUCGCUCCAGAUUUAUCGGCUAAACUAGGAGAUUACGGCACCGGUGUCGAGAAAUAUCCCGAGGACUACUACAUAAUAGGAGAUCGGGCUUUACCCAUCAGGUGGUCCGCGCCAGAAAGCUUGAACUGUACAGAUACCACGAUCGAAACGCAAGAAAUCACGUUAAAGGCCAAUAUGUGGAGUUACGCGGUUCUUUUGUGGGAGAUCAUCAGUUGGGGCGAGAGGCCUUACAAUGACAUGAACGACGAGCAGGUUAUUCAGAUGAUCUUAUCUCUGAAGAAUCCAGUUUCGCCAAAUGGUACGCGGCUGCUGCAAAGCUACCUCAUUAAUUGCCCGUCGAAUAUAUGUCAAGUGACUCGCUUGUGUUUGAAUGUUAACGCGAAGGACAGACCCUCCUUGGACGACGUGAGACAAAUUCUUCUGAAAGAGCAUUCAGUGCACGCGGAUUUCGAGCAACGCUGGGAGAGUUUACGCGCGAACGCUUGCGGCAAGCAGCACGUACGAAGUGCCAGUUUGCAAGACUUACGCGGAAGCAUCGACUCCGACUACUGGACUCACAUCGUGGACGAUGUACCGAUAACGGACACGUUACAACAGUCCUCGUUUCGUCUCGGACCCGAUGAACAGGUGAGAAACAUUCCCGGGAUGAAGAUUGCUCCGGUAUUUCAGGAAUCCGGCUCGGAAACCGAGGAGGAGAGCUGGAAGGGUCGGAUAGAAAAGGGCGUUUAUACGGAAAAGGUGAAACAAAAGUCUAAGUCCGUGACAGACCUUAUGGUGCUUGUACACAUUGAUCCCGAUUCCGAUGCGGAAUGGUCAAUGGGAGCGCAAAUCUCAUCGUCGGAAAAAAACGUCAAGAAGAAGUUAUCCACGACUGGUAGCGACAGUGAUCUAAAACACACCGUUCCCGCGGACGAGUUCGACGAGGCGUUGAAGAAGCUACGGGAUCCGUUGCCAAAUAAUAAUGUCACCAAUAAAGUUAGAUCGCUGGAAAAUUUAGAACGGCCGAAACUUUUGACCCUGACCAUGGAUCAGGGCCAUACGCCGAUUUUACGAUUAUCUUUAGACAGCGCGGGAAGAACUCCUGAAAACAACAACGACGCGUCAUCCGAGACUAACGCGGAUAACACGCAGCGCAAUGAAAAGCACGUAUUAAGACUCUUGUCGAAGGGAGAUCCGGAUCUCCCUCUUCUUCGCUAUGUACCUGACCAAACGUCAUCUGUCGAAGAAGAAGUGAGAAGGAGAGAUGAGACGAGCGAUAUAUCGUUCGUUAAUAAAGAGACGAUUGACGACGAUAUUCCCGAUCGUUUUAUCACGAGUAACAUCGAGACCGAUCAACACAAUGCGGUGGACGUUUUGCUCUGGAAUCAUGCAUUAGAUUCCGCUUUAGAACACAAAAUACCCGGUUUCUCGGACGAAACGGAAUUUAACGAGUACGUAGAAUCGGUAUCGACUGAACAAAAUAACGCACCGGAACUGACCGUGACCGCCGUAUCUACACCGGACGCAUCGCACUUUUGUAACGUGUAUUCGAUUUAUAGCGCCGAUGAUAACUUUUCUACAGCGGAGAACGUGCAGGUGGAGCGAAAACUGCUGCCAAACGACGACGAUGAGGAGCGAAAACAACUAUCUACGCCGGAUGACGAGCAGAGCUCCGAUUCAGGUUUUCGGGACAAAGAGUCUUGCGAGGAAGAAGAAGCGGUUUGUCUGCCGACGUCUGGUAAUCCCUUGCCUUCAGCCAAUAACGCUGCUACUUCUGGAUCGUUCUACUCCGAAGAGGAGCCAUUUCAGAUUCUAUUCGAGCUAGAUACUAUUCUCGAUGCGGAAUAUUACGCUACUGCCGGUCCUGAAAGUAUAUCAGAAGGUGCAAUUUCUACGCCCGGCGUCGAGAAAAACGUAUCACCUUUGAAACGAAAUGUUUCAAAUCAUAACUCUAUGAAUGUGGAUGAGCUGAAUGUGGAAAAAGAACAACUUGACGAAUUGACCCAAACGAUCGAUAUGAAGGAUAGUCCGAAUGAGAGAGGAAACACGGUAAAAAACAUCGAGAUGGAAAAGAAAAAUGUAAUUCCUGGAUGUAAAACUCAAGGGUCUAGAGCUGCAGAUAACAUUUAUCGAUCGCACGAUUCGGAAGCGGAAAUCGUUUUAAAAGCGGACGCAAAUACUCAGCGAGAUGAGCAGUGCUCGCAAGGGGAUUAUGAAAACGAGGAUGAAGACAGUUCGACAGUGAGCUUGCGUAGCGACAAUUCAUACGUAUCAUUCAACAUGGAGGAGGAAUUUGUAACGGCAAUUCGUAACGAACUCAGGGAAAAAUUGCCACAGGCUCAAAUGCAGAUUGUAGAAUCCUUGGAAGCUCACGAUGACGAAAGCUCAACCAUUCCCAGCGACAUGUACGGUAAACGAUGGGACGAUGAGGAUGGUGAAGAUUCAAACGAUCAAAUUGGCGGAGGUGUAGACAUUUCGAUCAGGUACAACGUGUACGGAACGCCGCUUAGUCCCAUUUUAGAGGAGCGAGAAAGCACUGUCACUUCCGAGUCUUUAGUAUCAAACUCCAGGGAAGUGUCGAUCAUUUCGAGAGAAUCGGUGCCGUCCGAGGAUGUGUUGCUAGUCGACACACGUACCAACGAAAUGAUAUUAUUGGAAGGACUGGGAGAGCGAUUGCAGGACGAAGAUCGGGACACCACGAACGGCGAUUUAUCCGAAGAAGAAAAUUUGGAUUAUACUUGUUCGAUGGUGCGUCCAUUAGAGGAUAAAUCACGUGGAAUCAUGAAAACGGGCGGAGGCGCGCCGUUACCGAGCCCCGAGGAAGAAUCUAAAUGGCAACAAUUGCCUUCGUCCUUCCCGUUACCUCUUCCCUUACAAGAUGAUCUAAUGUCGACGAGUUUUGCCACCGAGCAUGAAUGUUGCAGUCAAGAUGAAGACGAAGAAGAGGAAGAGGGUGAGGAGGAAGAUGAAGAGGGAGAGGAGGAAGACGAGGACAACAGUUCCAGCUCUGGUGAAUUUGUGUGGAAGAGAUACAACGAACCGCAUAUCGAACAGAUACGGAUCAAAAGUACCACGAACCAAGAUGACGAAGCGAUGAGUACGGCGGCGAAUACCGAAUUGGAAGAGGAGUUGGGUGUCGAGGAAGAGGAAGAAGAGGAGGAAGAGUUUACGCCUUCGGCCUGGAAUGCCGCUUUAGCACCUCAUCGAUCGGCAUUGAGGUCUCCGGACAAAACAUUAAAAUCUGGGGAUCAGAAGAAGAGCGUAUGGUUCAAGAAGCAACGAUACCACUGUGUGUAUGAAUACCCGAAAGAAACACCACCUGUGGACAGUCAAGCGGAUGCUACCACCAAUUCAGAACCAACGUUGUACUCUGAUUGGGAAGAAAUGAUCAAUGAGCCGCGAUUAGACAUAUAUCCUUUAAAUUAUGACGAUGCCAAUCAUACUGGAAACGAUGAGUUUUUCGUCACCAGUUCGAAUCGGCCCUUUCAGUUUCAAACAGGCGAGAGUAGGUGCGUCAGCCAAUUUUUUCCCGGCGCAAACGCGUCUUUAUUGUCCGAUGAACGGGAUGAAACGGAUGGCUGUCGACAGGAGCCGCACCAGAACAACAUUGAUUUCGCCAACGAAUACGAGCAGUGUCAGCAGCAUCAAUUAGGAGAGUUAAGACAUACCAGGGAUCGUUUGAAAUUAAAUCUAGUAUCAUCGAAUAGUAUACCGUCCGUCCCGUUCGUUCCUGCAAAACAGUCGCACGCGGAGCAGUUAGACAUUAAAGAGAAUCACGAAUCGGAACUUGAGAACGUCAUCGCGCAAGACCAAUGUAUUCUAUCGAGUGACGAUAACACGUUACCAAAGGUGCCUCACGAAGAUGUCCAAGCUGAUUCAUCUUCUACAAGAAAUUUCCAGCGCGAUAGCCGGGAAACGCUGGAGUCCACCGAAAAGUGAAGUGUUUUAAUUCGUGACCCACAAUGAAACUAAAGUCUAUAAUGGUGUUUUAAGGGAGAAACAGUUCAGUCCGUCCGAAACAAUCUCGUGCAAAUGUCUCGUCGAUUUUUCUCUUAACGCAUCCGAUAAAGUUAUCACCGAUGAGAUUACUAUCAUGUGUGACACGAAUCUUGAACAAAUGUAUAUAAUACGACGAUGUAGCGACUAUUACUCCGAAGCUACAGAUCAAUCGGUUGUCUAGCGGAUUUUGUUAGCGCGGAGUUGUUAUAGUUAUUCUCUAUGUAUAGUAAAUACGGAAAAGGCGUGUCAAUAUAUAGAUAAUUGCGGUUUUAUUGAUAAAGCUUCCUAUUCGCAUGUGAUGGUUUAAUAAUCGUGAUAGAACAAACAAGUAACGACAGAGGAGGACUGUGUAUAAAAAAUGGACAAAAGUAUUAACUCUAGACAAUCGAUCCGUAGAGAAGCUACAUCGAAAAAUUGCGAUAAAUAAUUCGUUGCACAUGUAAAUAGUUAUUGUUUAUAGCGUAAUCAUUAAACGAACAGUAGUGCCUAUGUAGAACGACACGAUUAUUUUUGCGACUGUCUAUAAGAGACAUAUAACUGUCUUUCGCGUUAUCUUUUUUUUUGUUCUUUACCGAUACUCAUUAUCACACGAUAUUUCUCGAUAUUAAUUAAACAUUAUUAACAAAUCCGCUCUCUAUUAUCAAAGUAUUGUAUAGCUGGAUAUACAGGACAUACCAUCCCACUCAUAAAGACUCUUGCGACAAAGGAUGAAUCAUGGAAAAAAAUAUACUUGCACAAUUAAGUUUCUACAGGAUGUAUCGAUAGAUUUUUACUUUUAUUAGAUCUGUGAUGAAAGAAAAUACGAUGCUUAGAUCGGUCCAAUUUUAUAUUAAAUUUGAGAAAAAAGAACCGAAAGUACGCGAAUUACGUUUGAAUUGGAAAAUCGCGUAUAUCGUAUUAAAGUGUAUAUCGUAUAUUAUCGCGUAUAUCGUAUUAAAGAGAAUCUGUCAAUCAUGUUUACUUUUUUUCGAAUAUAUACCGAGAUUAUGUUACAGAAACAUUGCCUUUUCUAUGGUAGCAUAUAACAGAAGUAUCUUGAAUAUUAUUUUUACUUUUAUGCUAAUAAAAAUAACUUUAUACCAGACUAUUUUUCGGUAUAUUUUUCGCUUCGGUAUAUAUACCGCGUGCGAAAAUAUACAAGCAUUAAUAAAUCCACAAUAUGUGGUACAUCGUAAAAUAUAUUUCUACAGAUCUCUAAAAUAUAUUCGCGGACACGCGAUAAAUAUAAAUAUACGAUCCUAUAAAUACUAUUUUAGAGAGAUUUUUACAAGUAUUUAUUUGCGAUAAUGUAUAUCUCAUUGUACAAUUAUUCAUACUGAAUACGGAUAGAUCACUGGAAUCAGAACGAAUCAGAAUAUUGAAAUGUAAGCGUAGUUAAGCGUCGUGGAAAUCGUGGUGUUUGUGCCACUAUUGUUUCACGAGCGUGAUAUUGAAAAAGUUAUACGAACAAAUCACUAUUAUAAUAGCACCGCGAGUACUGUGUCACGUCUCUCGCUAUCAUCACACUACUAUUAUUACUAUUGAUACUGCUUUGUGCUCACUAUAAAAUGAAAUAGAGAACAAUUAAUAUAUUGUUAUACAGAA